AUGUCAUCGCAUAGGUUUGAUCGGGUCAGGAGAUCGAGGGUCUUUGAAAAACAGCCCUCAUUUCAUGAUGCCUCAUCCUCGCAACCACAAGUUACUUCCAUAGCGAAAUCCCCGGUCGUUGGACCUCCCAGGUCGAAUAUUCCAACACCACUCAGUGCUUCAGUUAGGCGCGGGAGCGAAUCUCGUUCAAAUGCUGGUGAGAAUGAACAAUUAGUGAUCCAUCCUUUGGCAAAGACAUCACGAUCUAUGUCCAGUGAUGAUGCUCGACCGACAGGACUUCCGCGGUCUAAUGGUAAUCCUUCGUCGCUUAGACGCCCAUCAGCACCCUCAAUUUUCGCCACCAGAUCCACUCCUUCACCUGGACCUGCGACUUUUGCGAUACCCACUGCGAGCUCAGGGAAAAUUGAGACUGUUGGAAACAUGAGAGAACGUCCACGGAAUGUGCUUCGCAGGAAGGCAAAUUUUAGGAAACCAAGUAUCGAUACAAACCAAGCCAUGGAACAGUCGCAAACUGGUCCCAAGGUGUCUGCAAAUAUUUCGUCAACCUCACUCAGUAUACACGAGGCACAGCCGGCACAUGGCAUGGGUAUCAUGACACCUGUUAGUAACGAUGUGCCGUCUUCAGAAAAGUCAUAUAUUCCAUCAACGAAACUUCCUAAGAUGAAGAUUCCAAAACCGGUCGAACAACCUCCUCUGCAGCAGAUUCCCAAGGAAUUUAUUGGGCUCCGGACUGUAGUCAACACAAGCAAUCUCCCACCUCCGCCCACACCUAUUUACGCCCCAAGUGCAAGCCCGUCGACACGAUAUUCUGAUUCUCCUGGUAUGUGGAGUAGCCGGGGUUCGACACCGACGUCGCUUUCAUCUUAUUCACCGGGAAUAACACAGCCUGCAACGGGGUACAGAUACAAGCAAAGCCCUACUCAAACGCGUCAACCGGCUCUUUCACGAAGUACCACUACCCCUGUGUCUCAAACAGAAGUUGAUGAACCCACCUUUCUUGGCCCCAUAGCCGCAGACCCUUAUGCAAGGCUUGGUCACGUUAAAGUCGGUAUUGUCGAAAAUAAUAUCAAAGAUACCGUGUUGCCCAGGAGUCCGCCUCCUCGCAAGUCAUCGAUGAAGUUCAGGCAACCUCAAGAGUCAGACAGUGAGGAUUCUAAUAAACAAGCCACAGUCGACUAUUCGCAAGCUGUGGAUGAUACUGAAGUGGCUUUGUCUAAUGCAGAUGUCGUACCUGAUGCAAAACCCUCAACAGAUAGCAGCCCGGUUAGGCCAAGACGACCAAGUCGCCAAGGAACUGAUCGCUUGGAACAGGCCGUAUCUCCUAUAAUCCGUAGUAAUCUAACAACUUUACGAACCACCGGACACACUCGAAGGGAGUCUUCUGAGAAAUUGGUCUCUCCUGAGCGACUUCGUGGAAUGCCAGUAGGAUCCGCGGCUACAUCUGUCGAGUCAUUUCAAUCCAGUUUUUCUACCCGAAUUCCAUCUCGCAGCCAGAGUCCUUCACAAAUUCCAAAGCGAUCUGCGCGUACUUUGGUCAAAUCUCCACGACCCCAAAAUGAAACAACAGACGCAAAUACGGGGAGAAAAUUUGGCCUUUUUAGCAAGAAAUCGAAGCCCAACUUGUCAUCGUCCAAAGGUGACUCAACCGAUAAGUCUUCCCGCAAAGGGCCAGCGGCCGGAACUGGCCACGAAGGUUAUGGAAAGUAUGCGAAUCGAGGACGCAAACCUAGCGUUGGUAGCAAUGGUGGCCCCAGAGCACGGUCGACCAGUACAAGUGGUGGGAGAUCUAUCGGUAGCGGAAAAGGUGGUAGCCGUCAGGAACCCGAUAUCGAUAGUUUUUUUCUUGACCGUUUGGAGCCUGUUGUCAUUAACGGUGGUGGAAUGGAUCGAGAAGAACUCUUUAGAACCCAAAGCGGCCAGAGUAUCAGCAGCUUAAGUGUCACUUCAGCUCCUGAUUCGUCCACGAUGAGUACGGGGACUAUAAUGAACGGAUAUUCGUCAGAAUCACUUGGAACAUCCACAGAGCUUACUAAACCGACAACACCGUCACUUAGCUCGGAGUCGAAUUUUCCUUCUCAGCCAGAGCGUCUUCAUGGAAGUAAGCCACUUAUCCCCCGAAAUGACUCCUCAUCUUCCUUGUUGCCGACUAUGGUCGGAAGGCGCCGUGGGUCUAACGAUACACGAACGGGCUCGGAAGAUAGCAAAGACGCCAACUUUUCUGCGCUUCCCCUAAUUGCGAAAACCUCCAGCAAGUCGACUCCUGCACCUUCAACGAAGAAACCAGUCAGUAAAGUCAGUCGGAAAUGGAAUUUUUUCCAUAGAAGCCAAAAAAGCGAUCAGAAAGAUUCCACUGCUGAGGCCAGCGAGCCAACUGAAGCUCAACUUCACGCUAAAAUUGCUAUUCUGCCGAACAGUCGACCUGUUGCUCACUAUGCUCUCCUUGACGCUGAUUCGGACACGCUUGAAGACAUUUUGAUUCAAGUUGAGGAUUCACCACUGAGUGAUGAUGAUUCCUUCUUACACGGAGAUGCUAAGCCUGAUCCAAAUCUGCAAGCCCGACAUGGGACGUCAAUUCUGCUUCCCUCUCCUCCUGCACUUUGGUCAGAGUUCACCGAUUCCAAAGCCAGCCCACUGCAAAGUCGACCUGCAUCGCCAAAGGUAUUCUUCCGCAAGGACGAUCAGAAUGGUCAGGCAGAAAGUGGAAGGCCAAGUCGAUUAGCUUCAGUUGGACGGAUACCGCAAGUUGUCUCCCGACAGGACCGUGAUCAUAAACCAUCUUCUCAAUCUUAUUCACGACCAUUCUGUCGUGACGGAGCACCUUCAUUUUAUACUACAACUGGGACUAAUCCACAUGACCAACAUCCAGUGUAUCGACCGCAACUCGAUCUUCAAACCGAGUUUCAUGGGAAAAUUUUCAACUCGGAUUCAACUACCCCAAAGCCAGCCAGUGCUCCAGUCGUCAGCGAAACCGCGAAAUUUGCGUCUAGUGCAUAUGCUGUGAAUGAAUUCUUGCAAUUCCCCCCUCGAAAGCAAUCUCAAGUUUCCUCUUCUACUUCAGAAGCCGAUUCUAUCAUGGCAGUUGUAGCUUCUAUAGGACCUAGACUCGAUACCGCCUGUGAAGAGGACAUAUGGACUGAAUAUGAUGAUCUCUUGGAUACUGUUCUGACUGUGGAUAAAGGCACUGCGGGUAAUAAAGAAGUUAACGAACCAUUUGAGAUGGUUACGAAGGCAAGCAAGACUCUCCAGGCAGAAUUGAAUGCCUUGGAUGACAAGCCCCGUGUUUCUGUUGCGUCCGACACAUUGUCUAUUCCUGUUUCAGAGUCAUCCGCACAAUUAAGUGACGCCUCUGUUCGGCUACGACGAUCUAAGAUUGCUACGGCCCUGCACACUUCUUUGUCGCCGUCGCCGCAAGUCUCGUACAGCGACCUUAUCGCUGGUUAUGCGGAGCGUAACAAAAGUGGCAAUGAUCUGACCCUACCGGACAACCCUGGGGUCCCUCCUAAUAGUGAAGACCAGACAGAUGAGCCACGAUCACCGACACCGACAAGAACUGACUUUGAGACUACUCGUCGGCGAAAUACGAUGCUGUUUGACAUGGCGGAACGAGACCGAGAAGGUGCCGCUGCCCAAACAAACCUUCGGUCUGCUUCUUUGAUGACGAGUAGAUGGCUCUCAUUCGGGCGUGUGCUAUUCAGUCCAGCCCAUAAUCGCAUCAAGGAAACCGAAGCAGAACGUAUUUUGAUUAUCGACGGUCUUGGAAAUGACGACUGGUCCUACUAUUGCGCCCUUACCUAUCCUAAUGCUACGAUAUAUAGCUUAAGUAUUCGGCCUGAACCACCCUCAUCUUCACCACAUCCAGAUGCUUGGAAACCACCUGUGAAUCACCACCUUGUUCAUCACCCCAGCGCCAGUGCAGCCUUCCCAUUCCCUAAAAACUUCUUCGCUGUUUGCAUUCUCCGGUUUCCUCCUGCCUAUUCAGAGGACGGACAACGGAACGUUGUUUCUGAAUGCAAGAGGGUGCUUCGUCCUGGUGGGUACAUAGAAAUGAGCGUUAUAGACCUGGAUCUGGUCAACGUGGGCAACCGGGCAAGGAAGGCCGUGAGGACUUUGAAAGAAAAAGUCUUUCUCGCUGAUCCAACCAUUAGCCUAAAACCGGCAAGCGACAACAUUCAGAGACUACUAGGUAUUUGUGGUUAUGAUAAUCUAAACAGAUGCAUGGUCAGUAUUCCAGUGGCUGGAAUGAUUGGGGGUUCUUCAGACUCUUCAAGAUCCAAUCGUUCGGUGUUUGAUCAAUCUUCGUCGUCGCAUACACAAUCUCCAUCACAACCGCCAUCCACGACAAGCAGCUCGCAGCCGCAUACUAGGACUCCGUCUGAUGAUGCGGAGCUUUCCCUCGGUGACUUAUUGUCCGACCCUUCUCCAUCGGCAUCAAACGAUGAAUCCAUCACCAAAAUGGUGGCUAGGGUGGGGCGGUGGUGGUAUACACGAUGCUAUGAGAUACCUGUUCUGGUUGACCCAAGUACGGACCGCAGCAUCUGGGCUGAACAAAAAUUGUUGAGAGAAUGUCAGAAACAGGGCACAGGCUUCAGGCUACUCAUCGCAUACGCUCAGAAGCCAAGUGAAAAGAGGAGAACCGUAAGCGUGUAA